UCAAAAGCAGUUGAUUUGGUUUUGGUUUUCAGAAGGAUCUCAAAACCAAAGUUAAUUACCCAUUACCAGAGGUAGCCUCGGAUAUUGGAGGUGCAUCUUUGAUUUAACAGGUGGAAACAUGGUGAACUUGGAAGUACUUAAUUGCCGGGUUUAUUUUGUCUGACAAGGAGCCCUGGUGGUGCAGUGGUUAAAGUGCUCGGCUGCGAACCAAAAGGUCGGCGGUUUGAGCCCACCAGCCACUUCCAAGGGAGAAAGAUGUGACAGUCUGCUUUGGUUAAAGAUUUGCAGCCUUGGAAACCGUAUGGGGCAGUUCUACUCUGUCCUAUAGAAUCGCUGGGAGUCGGAAUUGACUUGAGGGCAAGGGGUUUGAUUUUUGGUUAUUUUGUAUGUCGGUUAUUUGGCCCCAGGUUUCUAGUUCCUUCUCCACCCAGUCUGGGUUACCCUGCAGCUCUACUUUCAGGAACUUUUGCAUUACAAUGGACUUGAUGAGACUGGCAGACAGGAUUAACUGGGAAUUCACCAGGGUGUGUGGUGGAAUGAGGGCAGCCAGAAGGGGCCGGCCUAAGGCCUUCGUUAUAUACUGAGCCUUCAUUUAUAAAUCCAGAGACUCCAAACCUUUCAUUUUUGUUGGAUUGGGCUGCUCUCCUGUUGGCCCUUGGGGCUAUUCCCUUCAACCCAGCCUUUUAAUACUCUCCUAUCUGGAGAUCUUCAUAUUUUCCACUGAAAAACCUUUAAGUCUGACUUGGCCUUUAUCACAGUCUAAGUCUUUUUUGUUGUUAUUCUUCUACCCAACAACAUGAGUGUGGAUCUAGCUUCUCCCCAAAGCCUGCCUGAAGCAUGUGAUUCUAGGGACACUUCACCAAUAUCUGCGAUUUUGGAGGCUGAAGAAAAUUACACAUCCUUGCAAAUGUCAUCUGCUGAGGCACUCUACUCAGAGACUGCCUCUCCUCUUCCUUCCUCCACGGAUGGGCUUAUUCAGGAUAGCCCUGAUUCUUCCACCAGUCCCCAAAUAAAACCGUCCACUUCUGCUUUAGUGGGGAAGAGCACGGUGAAGAAGGAAGGUAAGGGUCAGGGCAAGAAGCAGAAGGUCAGAACCGUGUUCUCCCAGAUGCAGCUGUGCAUACUCAAAGACAGGUUUCAGAAACAGAAAUACCUCAGCCUCCAGCAGAUGCAAGAGCUUUCCGAAGCCCUGAACCUUACCUACAAACAGGUUAAGACCUGGUUCCAGAACCAGAGAAUGAAAUGUAAGAGGUGGCAGAAAAACACCAACUGGUCAAAGACUAGCAAUAGUGUGACUCAGAAGGUCUCGGUACCUAUAGAGUUCCUGGACCUCUACUCUUCCUCUCACCAGGGAUGCCUUCCUUCUGGAAACCUUUCGAUGUGGAGCAACCAGACUUGGAGCAACCAGACCUGGAACAGUCAGUCUUGGAGCAACCACUCCUGGAACAGCCAGGCUUGGAGCAACCACUCCUGGAACAGCCAGGCUUGGAGCAACCACUCCUGGAACAGCCAAUCAUCCUGGAACAGCCAAUCAUCCUGGAACAACCAGGUCUGGAACAAUCAGUUCCAAAACUGUGGAGAGGAAUUCCUGCUGCCCCAGGUCCAGUUUCAGCAAAAUUCUGUCAGUGAUCUGGAGACCUCACAAACCAUAGAUUUAUUCCUAAAUUAUUCCAUGAACAUACAGCCUGAAGAUGUGGUGACAAUGGGUAUAUAA